AUUGAUCAGAAUGCUGAAAUUGAAACUUGUGAAUUUUUUCAAGUUAAUCUCAAAGAUGGAAAUAUUAGUAGAAGUAGGUUUCCAAGGCGAGGUUAAACCACCUUGUAAAGUACUAUUCCUAAUACAUUAUUCUUUAAUGCAGUAAAACACCUGGUUCCAGUAAGAUUCCCGAUUACAAGGUGUAUUUCGAUUCAUGUGGCUAGGUAAAGAGCGUCUUGAAUUACCACCCCUCCAGGGAUGGAAACGACUAUUUGACGCUCCUCACUACAACAGGACGUUUCCUUUAACAUCCAUUUUGGGCUGCAUUCCCUUUAACUGCCCCUUGAGCUCACCAUUAAAAGAGAGUUGGGAACUUGCAGCGUUGUCACUAUACGCCGUAUUUCUGUCGGUUAAAAGAAAUUUCUCAUUGGAGAACUCUCAAACUUGGAAUUUUUCUCGCCUUGCCUUCGUGUCACUUUUGGCAAUAUCGGAUACACUUGCUCUGUGAUUCCUUUUGUUCUACAAUGUACAAGUUUCCUUUGCUAGUGCUUACUUUACUGUCGUCCCUAAAGUUAGAAGAAGUCCAAGGAUACUUUCCAGAGGAGCGCUGGAACCCUGAAUCCCCGCUGCUUGCCCCAAGAGUUCUUAUUGCUCUCAUCUGUCGCAAUUCGGAACAUUCAUUAGCAUAUUUUCUUGGGACUAUUGAACGCCUGAACUAUCCUAAAGAUCGCAUUGCACUAUGGGUAGCCACAGACCACAAUGUGGACAACACCACCACAAUGCUGAAGGACUGGCUUGUCAAGGUGCAGAAGGCCUACCACUCGGUGGAAUGGAGACCUCUGGAGCAACCCAGAGCUUUUCAAGAUGAGCAUGGGCCGAAGCAGUGGUCCACCAUGCGCUACGCCUAUGUGAUGAAACUUCGGCAAGCGGCGCUUGAGUCCGCCAGGGAAAUGUGGGCUGACUACUUCAUGCUUAUUGACUGUGACAACCUCUUGACCAACCCGGAUGUGCUGUGGAGGCUCAUCGAGGAAAACAAGACUAUAGUGGCUCCAAUGCUGGAGUCCAGGGCCGCAUACUCAAACUUCUGGUGUGGGAUGACCGCCCAGGGGUACUACAAGCGCACCCCUGCCUAUUUACCCAUACGGAAGCAGGCCCGGAAGGGCUGCUUUGCCGUACCCAUGGUCCACUCGACAUUCCUGAUUGACUUGAGGAAGGAGGCCUCCAGACAGUUAGCCUUCCAUCCCCCACACCCAGAGUACAACUGGGCCUUUGAUGACAUCAUAGUGUUUGCCUUCUCGGCUCGCGUGGCAGAUGUUCAGAUGUUCGUACUUAACAAAGAAAAGUUUGGAUUCCUCCCUGUACCACUGCGUGCUCAUAACACCCUCAAGGAUGAAGCAGACAGUUUCAUUCACUCUGUGUUGGAGGUUAACGUGAGGAACCCUCCCCUGGAGUCUUCAAAAUACCUGCUACCUCCCGUCAGGCAGCCAGACAAACUUGACUUUGAUGAGGUGUUCAUGAUAAACCUGCAGCGACGGGCGGACCGGCGGGAGCGCAUGUUGAGGGCCAUGCAGGAGCAGGAGAUCGCCUGUAAGGUUGUCGCCGCCGUGGACGGGAAAGCCAUGAAUAUGAGUGAGAUUGAAGAGAUGGACAUCCACAUGCUCCCGGGGUACAAUGACCCUUACCAUGGCCGACCUCUCACUAAGGGAGAACUGGGCUGCUUCCUCUCCCACUACAACAUCUGGAAGGAGAUCGUGGAGCGCGGCCUGAGAACCUCGCUGGUAAUCGAGGAUGAUCUACGCUUCGAGGUGUUCUUCAAGCGCCGGCUGCAGAACCUCAUGGCCGAGGUGGAGAGUGAAGGUCUUGACUGGGACCUCAUCUACAUUGGAAGGAAAAGGAUGCAGGUAGACCACAGAGAGAAGGCCGUGCCCAACAUUCACAACCUGGUGGAGGCUGACUACUCCUACUGGACGCUGGGAUACAUGAUGUCGCUGCAGGGGGCAAAAAAGCUCCUAAAAGCUGAGCCCUUGAAGAGAAUGCUACCAGUGGAUGAGUUUCUGCCCGUCAUGUUCAACAAACAUCCUGUCAAAGCCUACAUGGAGCACUUUAAGACGAGGAACCUGAAGGCGUUUUCUGCCGAGCCGCUGCUGGUGUUCCCGACUCACUACACCGGCGACGCGGGCUACGUCAGCGACACCGAAACCUCCACGGUGUGGGACAACGAGAGCGUCCGCACAGACUGGGACAGGGCUCGCUCGGCCAAGACCAAAGAGCAGGCAGAGAUCAGCACAGAGGCGCAGAACUCGGACGUUCUCCACUCUCCACUGGACAGGACUGCACGGGACGAGCUAUGAGCUAAGUCACAGGACCAUGACAAGAGCCUUUACCUGAAUGUUGGACUAAACGCCCAGUACAACCUUUUGAAUGUCUCUUCUUUUUAUGAGUGUGUUUUUUUUUUUUUAUUGUCCGUGAAUUGUGAAUUGGAUUAUCACCGUACAUGGGUCUUGGUGCUUUUGUCCCUUUGUGGGAUAUUGGGGUGGGGGGGUUCCAGCUUUAAGGUUCCGGGGGGGGGGGUUCCAGCUUUAAGGCAAUUUCGUUAGCAUGUAAAGCAUUAUCUACUCUUGGGUAGAUAUGACAUGUGUAGGCCACUUACGCCUCACAGAAAUGUAGGAAAUGAUCCAUCCUUUUGGUUAUUGACAGGCAUACAGUCCCUCCCCUCGGAGGACAUUCGCUGUCUUGUUCUGUUCUUAGAUCAGCCGUGCAAUAGUUCAACCAAAGGUCAAAGCGACUGCUCUUACAUUGUCGUAAUCCAUUGUGGUAUUGUUCCAAUAUUUUCAUUGUGUUUUACAUGGGUAUGCUUUGGGAAUACUUUUUAAGUCACCGUCAGUGUGCAGAUAGCUUACUUGAGAUGAAAUGCAACUUAAUACAACUUAAUCCUCUGCCCCUCAAACCAGAGACUUAAGAAUAGUUUUUAUAUCAAAGUCGGUGUGAUCUGGCAAAUAGAUCAUUUUGCCACGAAUAGAUCAUAGAUGGGAAUAACGUAUAAGGUAUACAUAAGGUAACUUUAUACAACGCUGUCUCGACUCCUCCGGCCAAAGACGAGAAGCCACCAACUGUAAUAUUCAGCCAGUCUAAAGCUCCCCUCUCUGGCCACAUGCUAUUGUAGUAUAGAAACGACUGCAGCCUAACUCGCAUCUUUAAUGACACCGUUCACGGCUUUGUCGGCAGACUGACGCCAGAAGCUCAGGACCAACCACUGUAAACACUCCACACUUCGGUUAGGGAAGGAGUGUGCCAUUUAAAAGAGCAAUAAAGUUCCCACUCAAGAAUUCCUCAAGACCACUGUCAAACCUCCAUGGUCUCUGUGUCUCUGGGCUGUCGUUUGAGGCAGGGCCGUGGUACAUUAGAUGUGCUGCUGUUGAGCACAAUAGCCUAAAUUGGGACUCUCGUUGUGUUUUUUGGGCUGGGAUAGUGGGUGUUUUUGUCGAGACUAUUUUGAGACUAAGGUAGGGCUGGCAGGGCCUUACAGCUACUGUUGUUUGUUUCUUUUUUCAGUUUUGGUCAAUUUCUUUUUGCUGUGCAAAUUGCAGCCGUCACAUUAUCGCAUCAAGCUGUGCAUUCAUACUUAAAUAAAUUAUCAAAUGUUUUGUAAAAAAA